AUGAUGACAUCCAAAGAAGUGGCCAAAUGUGAUGCAGUGGAAAACAGGAGGCGAAGUCCACUGGACCACUUGCCGCCUCCUGCCAACUCCAACAAGCCGUUGACCCCCUUCAGCAUCGAGGACAUCCUGAACAAGCCGUCUGUGAAACGAAGUUACACAAUUUGCGGCACGGCUCAUCUAAUUUCGUCCUCUGAGAAGCACCGUCCAUCCAGCAUCCCUCUGUCCAGCCGGGCUCUCCUCACCCAAACCUCCCCGCUCUGCGCGCUAGAGGAGCUGGCCAGCAAGACCUUCAAAGGGCUGGAAGUCAGCGUUUUACAGGCUGCGGAAGGCCGGGACGGGAUGACUCUGUUCGGCCAGAGAAGCACCCCGAAGAAGCGUCGGAAGUCUCGAACGGCGUUCACCAAUCACCAAAUCUACGAACUGGAGAAGCGCUUCCUGUACCAGAAGUACCUGUCCCCGGCAGACCGGGACCAGAUCGCGCAGCAGCUGGGCCUGACGAACGCGCAGGUCAUCACGUGGUUUCAGAACCGGAGGGCCAAGCUAAAACGGGACCUGGAGGAGAUGAAGGCCGACGUUGAGUCGGCCAAGGCCGUCGGCCAGGUCCCCUUGGACAAGCUCGCCAAGCUGGCGGACCUGGAGAAAUGCGCCAACGGCACGCUGGGCCACCCGCGAGGAGAGUCCCCCGCGCGGGGCGGCCAGCAGGAGCACGAGCUCGCUCAGAAACUGCGGACGUCGCCGAUGUCUCCGUUCUCAGACCACACAACUAGUAAAGAGUGCUCAGAGGACGAGGACGUGGAGAUUGAUGUGGAUGACUGA